UUUUCACUAUUUUGAUUUUGAUUAUCCAAACCCCCACAGAAUAGAAUAUUGAAGCAAAAUCAUAGAGCCACCAAAUUAACACUGCAAAAAUGAGUCUCAAACCCAUAUGGGUAUUCUUCAUUGCCAUCUUUUUGUUUCUUCUAGUGGCCAAUUCAGAAGAAGAAGAAGUGAUCAAGGCCCUAGUCACGUUCAUGGAUAAAUUGGCACCAGGAAAUGUACCAAGAGACCCUAUGUGGGGUUGGAACCUUAACUCAGAUCCUUGCAUUGAUAAGUGGCAUGGUGUGAAGUGCUACUCAGACAACAAAUAUGUUAAGAGUGUAAUUCUUGAGAAAUUCAACUUUGGUGGAGUUGUAGAUGCUAGUUCUGUUUGCAUUGCUAAGUCUCUUCGAAUCCUUAGGCUGACGGACAACAUUUUACAUGAUUCGAUAUCCGAGGAUAUAGGAAAUUGCCAGUCCUUGACUCAAUUGUUCUUAAGUGGGAACCAACUCUCUGGGGACCUUCCUAUUUCAAUUGGCAAGCUAAGUAACAUGAAACGGCUGCAUGUUUCCGACAAUCACUUCACUGGAGAGCUUCCUAACAUGGUUCAUGUUUCGGGUUUGAUAUCCUUUUUUGCUCAAAACAACAACUUCACUGGGGAGAUUCCUAGUUUUGACUUCUCCAACCUUGAUGCCUUUAAUGUCUCUAACAACAAUUUACAAGGUCAAGUUCCUGAUGUCAAAGGAAAAUUCCAUGAAGACAGCUUUUCUGGGAAUCCUAACUUAUGUGGAAAACCGCUUUCACAAGAAUGUCCACCACCUGAAAAGAAGGACCAAAACUCAUUCCCUAAUGAUUUGUCCAUUUAUUCAGGUUACUUAGUCCUUGGUUUAAUUGUCCUGCUUUUCUUGACCUUCAAGCUUUUAAGUAAGCUCAAGAUCAAAGAAAAAGCAUUGGAUGUUGAAAAGAAGGAAAUGGCAGAAGAAACUGUUAGUGUUGCUGGCAAGGCUAGUGAAAUAUCCAAUUCCAUCGUGUCAAAGAAUGGCACUGUGAUUAGAUCAGAGUGUUCCUUGACAUCUUUGGAAAGUGGGAUGACAACAUCAGGCCUUGUUCUUCUUUCAAGUCGAACGCUUCGAGGAUUGCAAUUUGAGGACUUGCUUGGUGCCCCUGCUGAAUUGAUUAGGAGGGGAAAGCAUGGAAGCCUCUACAAGGUUAUGCUCGAUAAUGGGGUGUUGUUGGCAGUGAAGAGGAUCAAGGAUUGGGGGAUUUCAAAGCAAGAUUUUGAGAGAAGGAUGAAUUUGAUAGCCCAAGCGAAGCAUCCACGCGUAUUGCCACCUGUUGCAUACUAUUGCUCUCAGCAAGAGAAGCUCCUAGCAUAUGAAUAUCUGCAGAAUGGUAGUCUCUUCAUGUUUCUCUAUGGAUCUCAAAGUGGCCACUCUUUUGACUGGAGAAGCAGAUUAAAUGUUGCUGCUAAUAUAGCCGAGGCUUUGGCAUAUAUGCAUGAGGAGUUUCUUGAGAAUGGAAUUGGACAUGGUAACUUAAAGUCAAGUAACAUUUUGUUUGACAAGAAUAUGGAUCCAUGCAUAAGCGAAUAUGGCCUAAUGAUGGCAGAAAAUCAAGAUCAACUUGUCCCUUCCCAUAACAAAGGCCUCAAAAGCAAAGAUCUGAUUGCAGCUACCUUCAAAGCUGAUGUACAUGCCUUUGGUAUGAUACUUCUCGAGCUUCUGACAGGGAAAGUAAUUAAAAAUGAUGGAUUUGAUCUAGUCAAAUGGGUGAAUUCAGUGGUUAGAGAGGAAUGGACGGUUGAAGUUUUUGACAAGUCCCUAAUCUCACAAGGUUCUUCUGAAGAGAAGAUGAUGUGUUUGUUGCAAGUAGCAUUAAAAUGCGUAAAUCCUUCUCCAAAUGAUAGGCCAAGUAUGAGCCAAGUUGCAGUGAUGACAAAUUCUUUGAUAGAGGAGGAAGAAAAAUCCAUAUCCUUUGACACAUGAUCCAGAGUUUAGUUAUAUACUUCUACACAUCAGAUUAAAAAAAAAACAACUUCUUUUAGGAAGCAUGUGUUAAUCCAAACUACUCUAAUUUUAGUUCGUUUCAUGCAAAUCAUGAUCAGAACACAUGAAUUUGGGAACUUUUUAAUAUGGUAAAUGAUCUGAAGAUUUGUUGUAACUAGUAAUUUCAAUUAGCAGGAGUAUCUUUUCUUCA